CAGUUACUUAUCAAUUACCACCACUAACUCCAACAACAUUACACAUAAAAUUUCUUGCAUCACCAAUUAACCCAUCAGAUAUUAAUCAAAUUGAAGGAGUUUACCCGGCCAAACCAAAUUUUAGAACUUUAGGUGAACAUGAAAAAAUUGCCGUUGCUGGAAAUGAGGGCGUUGCACAAGUAAUUGGCGUUGGCGAUAAAGUUGAAAAUAUAAAAGUUGGUGAUUGGGUCGUUAUGGGAACAUGGCGAACACAUGCUGAUGCAACAUCAGAUGAUGUUAUUCGUAUUCCACAUGAAGGAAUUGGAAUAGUUCGGGCUGCUACUUUAACAGUAAAUCCUUGUUCUGCUUAUCGUAUGCUAAAAGAUUUUGUUACAUUGAAAGAAGGCGAUUUUAUAAUUCAAAAUGGGGCAAACAGUGGUGUUGGACAAGCAGUGAUUCAAAUUGCUAAGGCAUGGAAUAUAAAUACAAUAAAUAUUAUUAGGGAUAGGCCAAAUUUUCAAGAGUUAAAAGAUUUCUUAAAAUCGAUUGGUGCAACAUAUGUAAUAAGCGAUAAAGAUUUACAAGCAAAAAAUCAUGAAUUUGAAUGGAAUAAGGAUAUAGAGGGUAAAGGAAUUGCGUUAGCAAUGUCACGUCAACCUUUAACGAUUCCAGCAUCACAAUUAAUUUUUCAGGAUUUAAGAUUUUUUGGAUAUUGGAUGGCAAGAUGGAAUAAAGAAAAUCCCAAAGCAAAAAGAAUAGAAAUGUUGAAUGAAAUUAUUGAGUUGAUUAAACAAGGUAAGUUAAAAGAUGUCGUUUGUGAAGAAAAUAAUUGGGGUGGAAAUAAGGAAGAUGUAAGUGACGAUGCAUUGACGCAAAGUUUUUUGGAGAUAUUUAAAAAGGCUACGGAAGA